AUGGUAGACCAAAUACUUUCAUAUCUUGAAGAAGGGAGGGUUGAGCCAUUAAUAGUCAUAGCACCGUUUUUCAAACCCAGCAGAUGGAAUGAUAAGACAUCCGUGCAGAGUCACUUCGGCUAUUCCAAUUUACGUAUCAACCCCGACCUAGAAGAGGUCAACGAAUUUUGUAACAGGAGGCUUUCUGAAAAACCUUCAAAUUCAACGAGGAUUACUCAAGUUUCAUCGCAUGAUCCGCGUUCCGAUGUAGACAAACUAAAACAUGCAGAUGUCGAGGAAGGACCUAUCUGGAUUGCUGGAACUAUUGUUUCAAUUAAUGCUGAAAAAGACGAUUGGUUCAAGGUCGAGGUGAUGGUGUACAAUGGAACAAGAAGCAUCAUGUUGUUUAUGUGGGAUAGAGAAACGAUACAAUUAUGUGGGAGGCAAGCUGACCAGAUCAAGGAUGAGGAGUGUACUGAUGGGAAAGGUUACCCUCCAACAUUGGAUUGCAUGAUGGACAGAAGGUUACUCUUCAAAGUAAAUGUCAAAGCGUCAAAUAUUAGGCACUAUGACCAGGUUUAUACUGUCAUGAAGAUUUGUGAUGAUGAGGAAAUUGAGACCGAUUAUAGUGACUCGCUUGAUGUCUUUGCAGCUGCGGUUAACCUGCACAAUGAUACUGAAUUUAUGCUUUCUGUGGAUGGUUUGGAAGACAAUGUCACAAGUCUCAAAUCCAAAACCCCAGCAAAAAGAGCUCCCAUAGGACUAAAGCACAAACUGGCUAUUAAUCUUGACAAAGAAGAUGUGGGAUUUUCCACAAACAAAUUUAGCCGAAAGGAAGGGAAGAGGCAAAAGAUGCAAUCUCAUGAAAGUUAUAAAUGA